AUCUCCGAGGACGCACGCACUUUUACGCACAGCCAGUCCUGGCCGCUUUUUUUUGCGCUAAAAGCUGUGAAAAUAAAAGGAUAUCAGCGUAGAUGCUUUGCGGUUUGGAGAAUCUGAAGUAGGAAGUGGACUUCUCUCGGAUCGUGUUUUUGUGAAUGGAGAUGGGCCGUGCGUAAAAAUCUUUUCGUCGCCUUUGAAAGAAGAGCUCUCGCUCUCCCACCUGUUGCCAGGUGGUGUCGGCUUUAAAACUGCGGAUAUCUACUAUGACAUUAGGUUUGGAAAUCAUGGAGGAUAUUGUUAUCGACGUGGUGGGGGAAGGACUCAAAGACAGCGCAGAGGAGCAGCUUUUACCUUUGGAUGAGUCGCGAAGCGAGCACGAAGACGGCACGGAGACGUCCAGCAGCCAGAGUAAAGACAGGGAGACCUUCAGCCCUGCGCCGGCGUGUCUCCCUGCUCCUAAAACCAAAGGUCCCGCGUCGGUGAAGCCCCCAUACUCAUACAUCGCUCUGAUAACCAUGGCCAUCCUUCAGAGCCCAAAAAAGCGGCUCACCCUCAGCGAGAUAUGUGACUUUAUCAGCCACCGCUUCGUUUAUUACCGGGAGAAAUUCCCCGCCUGGCAAAACUCUAUCAGACACAAUCUUUCGCUCAAUGACUGUUUUGUAAAGAUGCCAAGAGAGCCCGGGAACCCCGGGAAGGGCAACUACUGGACGCUGGAUCCCAACUCCUCCGACAUGUUUGAGAACGGGAGCUUCCUGCGGCGGAGGAAACGCUUCAAGCGGCAGCAUUUUCGCUUCGACCCGCUCAAAGAACAGCACCUGGAGCCCAGCGCGCUCCACGGCUUUCCACACAGCGCCUACGGGCUCGGUACGGCGGCCCUGCAGCUGCCAAGUCUGGAGAUUUACCCCUACCUCCAUCACCACGCGCCUUCGCAGUGCGGCCCCGCCACCAUCCCACCUGUGAGCAGUAUCCUGCCGGCUCUCUCCAGCUUCUUCUCGCGCAGCGCCCUGUCAGCCAAAGCUUUCCUUCAGUCUCAGCCGGGCAUCGACGCUUUCUCCCCGGCACAGUGCACAGCGUAUUCCUCUCCUCUGACCUCCAGCGCCGCAUACGUCUCCCCCGCGCUCUUCCACCCGGCGGCUUCUCCGCACUUCCUCAGUUUACACCAGGAGUACCAGAAACUACAGACUCAGCGUGGCAUCGGCGACCUGGCCAAACACAUCCACACCAACGAUGAAUAAUCCCCCCCACUCCCCUCUCCUUAAAGCGGACUUUAAUUUGUAUUUUCUCAGGUAAACGGAGACAUUUGGAGCAGAUGCUUGCAGUGGAAAUUGGAUGGAUCUGUUUUUGUUUUUUUUACAAGAAUGUUGCAGAAAUGCUCAAAACUUUUCCUCGAUCUCCCCAACUUCAUGGCAAAAACAACAGACGCCCUUUAAAAAAACCUGAUCAUGAAUUAUCAUCUUUUGUUUAAAUAUUUAAAUGACGAGUUUCCUUUACGUCUUUUUUCUGUAAAGAAAUAAA